AAUUUUUAUCAUCGUAAAUACAAACGAAAAUAUUAACUAGUUUUUUUAUAAAUUCGGCGAUCGACUGUCUUUCUUUCAAAGGUUACAUCACGGUGACUUAUAUGAAAGAUUUUGGUUCGUUGUAAGGCUCAAUGUCAAGAAGAUUUCGCCCUGCAUCGUUGGGUUCCCAAAGUGGGAUUUACAGCGUUCGUGGAUCUGAAUUGGCCCGGAGUGGAAACACAACUCCUAAUAAAAUCCGAUGUGUUGUGGAGCUUUUAGAUGAUUCGGAAUUUGUGAUUGAUAUUGAUAAACAUUCCAGGGGUGACGUUUUGCUGGAAGCUGUGUACAAGCAUCUUGACUUGUUGGAAAAGCACUUCUUUGGUCUUCAAUAUGUUGCUGAUUCUCCAGAAAACUUGCAAUGGCUUACUUCUGAAAAGCAAAUCAGGAAACAACUGAAACGUGGUCCACCCUACAUAUUUUAUUUUAGAGUGAGAUUUUUUGCCUCAGAUCCUUCCAAACUUUCUGAGGAUGUAACAAGAUAUCAAUUCUAUCUUCAAAUAAAACGAGACCUUUUGACUGGAAGAUUGCCAUGUUUGUAUGACACUGCAGCAGAAUUAGCUUCCUAUGUACUUCAAGGUGAACUUGGUGACUAUGACUCUAGGACGAUGCAUGAGGCAUAUGUGUCUGAAUUCCGUUUUGUACCCGACCAGUCAGAGGAUUUUGAAGAGAGGGCCGCAGAAUUUCACAAGCACCAUGGUGGCCAAAGUCCAGCAGAUGCAGAAUUCAAUUUCUUGGAGGUAGCUAAAAAUCUGGAUCUCUAUGGAGUAGAUCUACAUUUUGCCAAGGAUCAAGAUGGCCUUGACCUCCAUAUUGGAAUUUCACCUCUUGGUUUGACCGUUUACCAUAACAGAUGUAAAAUUAAUUUCUUCCCAUGGUCAAAGAUUGUAAAAGUUUGUUUCAAAAGGAAAAGAUUCUUUGUUCAGAUACGACCUGAUUGGAAUGAAUGGACUGAUAAUGUCAUUGGUUUUCACAUGCCAACCUACAGAGCAUGUAAAACACUGUGGAAAACCUGUGUUGAAUAUCACACUUUUUACAGGACCCAUUUUCCAAAACCAACAAACAACAAAAGCACGCUUGUUAGGAUCGGCUCCAAAUACAGAUACAGGGGGAAAACGGAAUACCAAGCGAUAGAAGAAGGCAGAAGACAACCCAGAACUGAACCUAGGAUUGUGAGGACUCUCAGCAGAAGAUACUCUAAAAGGAAUGGCGACGGUUCUCGGCGGAGAAUUGACCUUGAUCACGUGUUUGACAAAGAUGACAUGGCAUUUAACGACAAAUCCGCUAGUCUGAAUUACUCGUCAUCUGUUCCGUCAAACUUUGACAAAAUGAACCACUCUUUAGUUCGAAGCAAGAGCCUUGGAAUGGCAGACGCCGAUGGACAUAUGAAUCGAUUGAAACCUGUUCUAACGCCAGAAUUACAUAGAAAUGGUUCUGCUAAUCAAGAAGGUCUCAUCACUGUAAGAAUGGAACCAGAUGAACAAGGACGAUUCGGUUUUAACGUCCAGGGUGGAGCUGAUAUCGAUUUACCAGUAAUUGUGUCCAAGAUCGCCCGAGGAAUGCCGGCGGAUAUGUGCAUGCCGCAGCUCCAAGAAGGAGAUGAGAUUGUCCACAUUAAUGGAAGAAAUGUCAUGGAAAUGCCGCAUCAAGAAAUUGUGGAUCUUAUUAGAACAAUCAGCAAAUCAAACCGACGACUAUUAAUAAUGACAAUAAGACCAUUCGUUUUCGCAAAUUCUGCUCCGUCGCCAGUGCAUGUUGUGAGUCCGGAGCAGUUCGCCGCAGCUGAACAGAGACACGAGCAGGAAAAGGUUGUUGCCAAACAAGUGAAAGAGAAAGAAGUUGUGAAGGACGCUGAAGCUCUUCGUGUUUCAAUGGAUCAACUCCGAGAGAAUCUCGAAAGCGGCGAUCUGCUUGUGUACUUUCAGGAAUUGUACAGAAAAAAGCCUGGAAUGUCCAUGGAAGAAGCGAGAAAGCCCGAAAACCUUCCGCGUAACAGAUACAGAGAUAUUUUACCUUACGAUGAUACACGAUGCAAACUGUAUAAAGGAAAGAAUGACUAUAUCAACGCUAACUACGUCACGAUGGAAAUUCCUUCGAGAAGAAUACUUAACAGAUACAUUGCUGCCCAAGGUCCACUGGAGAAAACGUGUGGGGAUUUCUGGCAGAUGGUGUGGGAGCAAGAGGCAUCUCUUAUUAUUAUGUUGACUACCACUGUGGAGAGGGGAAGGGUGAAGUGUCACCAGUAUUGGCCGGAAGGAGAGGAAACGCUUACCUUUGGAGAUCUAGAAAUAAUCUGCACCAAAAUCCGUGACUUCUCACCUUCGUACAUUUACAGAGAAAUGUAUGUCACCGAAACGAAGAGUCUUCGAAGCCGUGUAGUUGUUCAGUUACAAUACAUUGCGUGGCCGGACCAUGACGUGCCGGACGAUUCAACAGAUUUUCUGGAGUUUAUUCACAUUGUUCGUCAUUACAGGGAAGGAACAAACACUCCUACAGUGUUGCAUUGCAGUGCCGGUGUUGGUCGAACAGGUGUCCUAAUCUUUAUGGAAUCAGCAUUCAACAUGAUUGAAAGCGCGGAACCAAUUUAUCCGUUAGAAAUCGUUCGAAAAAUGAGAGAUCAAAGAUGUUCGCUUAUACAAACUCCGGGACAAUUUAUAUUUGUCCUGGAGGCUCUGCUAAAAGCAUACGACGAGGAGUCGGUGAAACCGUUAUAAGUGCCAAGCACUAAAACAGAAUCUUUCGCCAGUGAAAAUCCUCGACAGGGUUAUACAGCUCGAUGGCUCAACUAUGGAGGUUAACAUGAGAAAAUUCACGGGGUAGGACCGAACCGACCUUUGAAGGAAUCAGAAGGAUGUUGAGAUCAAAACUUUAAAGAAUCAGUGAAUCAGUGAGUCACUUCAAUAUUUUUGGACUCGAGGCAGAAAAUUUGCACUGUUGGAAAUAUUUUCCAUCGGCUUUAAGAAUUCAUCGAAAGAAGACAAAAGCCAAGUUAAACACGAAAGAAAAACUUUUUUGUUUUGCUUCUGUUUGUUUUUUAUUCGACGUUCUAUUUGUCUUUAACUUUUAAGCGCACAAAACCUUGACUUCAUAAUUUUGAGCUACUUUUUCUAGCUUUUAGCUAGUAUGACUGUCAAAAGACUACGUGACAGUACAAAUUUUCGGAAAUGCUUACGGCAAUCUUUACAUUGUAGCGACUUUUACCCUACGCGUUUUGUUCAUAGCAAUUUAUUUAUGCAUUUUACCCUCAUCCAUAUCAUCUUGAUGUAAGUAUUCCAAUUUUUGAGAGUGAUUCAUUUUCACGUUUUGAGAUUACAAAAUCGCUUUUGAUUGAUUAAUUGUUGUAUUUUCAGCGCUGGAAAAAUGAAGCUUUCAAAAUUUUGUGAUUCUUGUAGAGUUCAACGUCAAAAAUUGCUCACUUUUUUAAGAAAUUGAAGUCGUCGUUUCUUGUUUAAAAUGGAAACUUUUACGUCUAGGAUAGCAUUUUUGUUAGUCAUUUAGUGUCAUAAAUGACUGCAAGAGAAGUUAUCAUAGUCAUGGUAGCUAUACCUGAAAUGAAUCCCUGAGAAGUACGCAGGAGCAAUGUAGUUUUUAUCUCCGCUGUUAAGAAUUAUAUGUGAAAUGAUCGCGUUAUGAGGUUCAAAAGAGUAACCCAGCAUUUCGCAAUUUUUUUUUUUAUCAAAUGUGCUUUGCCUAAGAACGCUGCCAUUUUGAAUUCUACUUGGUAACCUGGUCGCUGAACUGUGACGUACAAAGUCGUGCUUAUAUUUUUUUUCCACCUCAUGGCGAUCUGGGUUUCAACAAUUAGGAUUUAAAUAUACAAGCAUUAGUCAUUAGUGAUCUAUUUAAUGCGGAGGUUAAAAUUAUAUGGUUUCUUAAACUCUAUGUUAACUUGCAUAUCUUGACAACUAUUCGGCAUUCUUUCAGCUAAUUGAAAGGUUUCAGUUGGGUUUCCUGAACUCCACGGCGUGUUCAGUUAACUUUGCACAACUAUUCAGAUAUUUAUACUCGUUAAAAAGUAUUUUGUAAAGAAUAAUAUAUAGUUCAACAAGAUGAAAUGUCGCUCUUUAAUACUGGAAGUGAAGCGAUAUCAGUCCGCUCAGAAUUUAUCAUCGAAAAACCUCGCAUUUCUAAUCUCUGCUGUGGUGAUCAGGUAAAUUCAUUGAAUGAUCUUGAAUGUAUGCAGUGAAAGCAACUGCGAUUGAAUAGUUUGAAGCUUUGAAAAUAUAACUUGCUCUAUUUUUAUCACUAUAUUUAUUGCUUUUACCGUACAGAACCGUCUUGUCCAACAAUGAUCAAUGCUUGUUUGUGAAAGUGUCACAUCUAAUGGCUCUCUUUCAAGUAGAUUUGAAAGUAAAAGAAUUUUUAAAUCAUA